UAGUUUGAGUAGGUGAAACACAGAACCUUUAAAAAGGUUUCUCAGCUCCAUCUGACUUUACUUUCUGACUUUUCAACUGUCUGAUCUGAAAAACAGCUGGCUGAUUUGACUGAGUUGGUUGUUCUAAUUGCCCUGAAGUUAUGGGGUUUAUCUUUAGAUUGGUGCUGUUAUCCUUACUCAUGGUAGGAGAAAACCAAGCAUACAGUCUAAAGUCUUCUGGCAGUCCAGGAAAUGAGGAAAAUUAUGAUAAUCAAUUAGCGCCCCAGAUGCCUCCGACAUCUGACCAAACUUUUCAAGUUAAAUCUCCUAAAGCACCUCCGCAGGGUUAUCCAACAUGGAAGCAACCUCAAGAGCCCCAGAAUUAUGGCUACCCUCCACUGAAUCCCAGUGUACCAAUGGAGCAUCCGAAAAAUGACUUCCUACAACAGCACAACGUUCCUAGUCCUCCCCAGCACCAUGGCUAUCCGCCCCAGCACCACGGCUCACUCCAGCACCAUGGUUAUCCUCCACAGCAGCACGGCUAUCCUCCCCACCAGCACGGUGUCCCCCAGCAGCACGGCUAUCCUCCCCACCAGCACAGUGUCCCCCAGCAACACGGCUAUCCUCCCCAACAGCACACAGUCCCUCAACAGCACGGUUAUCCUCCCCAACCGCACAUUGUCCACCAGCAACACCACGUUUCCCACCAGCAUGGCUACCCUCACCACCAGCACCAAAUGCCCAAUGUCCCCCACCAGCAAGGUUACCCUCAACACCCACAUGGAUACCCCUGGCACAAUAAGAUGCUCCAGCAUUACGUUUAUCCUCCCCAGCAACAAAAAGUCUCAGGGGUUCCCCAGCAACCUGGCUACCCUUAUGGACACGCCAAGAUGCCUCAGAAAUACAUGUACCCUGUGCAACAUCCUGGUGUCCCAAUGGUUGUACGGCAACCAAACUUUCUGAUGCGACAGACAAGAGUGUCCCAGCAGCCUGACACUCCUACUCAACAGCACAAGGCUUCCUCAAAACAAGACUACCCUCCUCAACAGCCCAUGCACAAGAGCCAGCAGAAGCAAGACUACCCUCCCCAACAGCCCAUGUCAAAGGGGCAGCAAAAACAAGGCUACCCACCACAACAGCCCAUGCUCAAGGGACUACAGAAGCUAGGGUACCCUCCACAACAACCCAAGGUACCCCAAGAGCCCAGUCUGCCACCCAAGGUGUCCCAGGAACCAGACCUACCAUCCCAACACCCCAAGGUACCUCAGGAGUCAAGCCUGCCACUUCAGCAACCUAAGGUGCCCCUGCAGUCCAAGCUUCCUCAAGAACCCAGCCUGCCACCCCAACAGCCAAAGGUGCCCCAGGAGCCCAGCUUGCCACCCAAAGUCUCACAGGAACAGCAGCAAGGCUUGUUGUCCAGGCGACGUUACAAAGCCAGGCAACCAGGCUUUUCUUCCCGGUUUCCUCAGAAACCAAACUACCCAUCAAACCCAACCAAGAAGAUGACUAAGGUCAGAGACUAAGAUCUUACCCAUACUUGAUCUGCUGACUCAUCUGUCAGUUUCAUAAUCAAUUUCUUUCUCCCGAAAAGGUCAACUACUGAAGUUAUGAACUAAACCAUCCCAUCUCAAAUAAAAACAAUUGAUAACAUUU